AUGUUUACAGGUAGAAAAGAAAAAGUGAAAGAAAAGAGACAUAAAAAUAAGGCUGGAAAAAAAGUAAAAGAAAAGAAAGAAGAAAGAGGGGAGAAGGAAGAAAAACAGGAACGUGUUCAGUUUGAAGAGAUUCCUCAAAUAUUAUCACCGGAUAUGCCGUUAUCGAUGCAGGAGAGUGGAAAAGGAAGUAAGAAAAAGAGCAGGAGUGAGAAGAUGAAGCCAAUUCUUGUGAAUGCAGAUGAACCGGUUGUCAUUAUCGACAAUUUAAUUCUUUCACAACCUUCCUUUGAAGCCGCCAAUCAUUUUGACAACAUUCGCCCAAAGGAUGAUCUUGAACUUAUGCGGAGCCAUAGUGGAGAUAAUUUUCAACAAAUAAUGCCAUUAGAGUCAUUAAUUACUAAAUCUCCGAAAGGCACACCUAUAAAAUUGAAAAAGAACAACAGGGAUAAUUUAAAGAAGAAGGAUGAUGCCAAAGAGAAGAAGGUAGAUAUAAACAUCACGCAUGAACCACAUCAGAAUCAUACAGACCCCGUUAAAGAAACCAAGGAAAUAGAGAAGGAUAUUUCAUCUAAGGAAACAAAGAAUACCUUGAAGGAGACUGCAGUUUCUGGGCAACAUUCAAGUAAAGAGUCGAAAAGAAUAAAGAAGAAAAAUGAUAUACUUGCUCAGAUUGGAGGUGAUAAGGAUGGAGUUAACAUUUCACUUCUGAUGCCUUUAGUUCAAAAAGCAGAAUUGAGUCGAUCAGAAAUACAAAUUCUUAUUGAUCAGCUUUUGAAUAAACAAUUGGACAAUCCAUCAGAACAUUCGGAAUGGACUGAAGGACGUACCGAUCCAGUGAUAAAAUUAAAGAAGCAAUUGGCCGAGAAAGAAAAAGCACUCUUUGACGAGCGUGAGGCCAGCAUUGCUUUUCAAAAUAAAUUAAAGGAACUGCGAAUCGAGUUUAAUUCGGAAAGAUCUCGUUGGUCUGUCAACAUACGCCACUUGGAGGAAGCGCUGAAUGCUAAAAUCACAGAGACUCAAACCUUACAUACUCGCAUGCAGCACAUAUUAGAGAGUCACGCUGCUGAAAAACAAGGAUUUUCGAGGCAAAUCGAACAACUGCAGUCCAAGGUAAACGAGGAUGCGUCCAUUAUUAUUAAAAUGCAAGAGGAUCAGGGUCAAACGCAAGGGCAUAUGCAACAGGAGCUGCUGGCUCAACGAAAACAAUUGGAAGUACAAUUUGCCCAAAUGCGUGAAAACGAGAAUGCACUUAAAGCGCAACUUGCACAAAAACACGUAGAAAUACAAGAAUUACAAACUGUUAAUGUGUCCAUAUCUCAAGAAUUACAGGCGACUUGUGAGACAACGUCUGCUGAAAUAGACAUGUUAAGACAGCAACUAGCUAUCAUGCAAGAGCAACUUAUGCACUCUGAGGGUCAAAUGCAACACUUCAAGGAAGAGUCUCGGCGAGUUCAAACUGAUUUAGAACACAGACUCAAGAGCGUACACCGUCAUGAACAAGAACUACAUAGGCAAGUAAAUUCCUUGCAAUCAGAAUUAAACCUUGCGAAAUCAGAAGCCAGUGAAGCAUCUUCACUAAAAUCUGAUUACAAUAAAGUUCGAUCGGAAUUACGGCAGGUUAAAUUAGAAUUAUCUGUAUAUCAAAAUGAAAAUGAAACUGAAGCAGUGGAAAUCGCAACAUUAAAUAAAUUAUUGAGCAGUAAGCAAGAUGAAAUCCAAGAGACGCUUAAUAAACUAAGUGAAUCACAAUGUAAGGUUAUGAAACUGGAAACAGAGUUGAAGGCGGUUCAAAUGGAACUGAAUGAAGUAAAAACGGGAUUUGCGAAGUCGCAAGACACUGUCAAGAUAGGGAAAAAUGAUCUUAAAAAAUGUCAAGAAGAAUUAAAAGAACUUCAUAAGGAAAUCAGUAGAGUGCAAGAAGAAUUUUCCAAGACUGAAUCUCAUAAAAAUUCUAUUGAAGAUAUUGAUAUGAUUCAAAUCAACGAGAAGAAGAUGGUUGAUGUAAAUUUGCAGAUUGCACGUUUACAGGAAGAAAACGAUAAGCUCUCAUCUCAGGUAACUAAGUUGGAGUCUGCUGCAGAGAGGCGUGAAAAUGGGAUCGAGAAAAAGCUUCAGAAGACCGAUGUUCAAAACAUUAUACACAUGAAUUUGUUGGAAGAAAAAGAAAUCCAGUUGUCAACAUUAAGGAUAGAAUUGUCUAGAGAAAAAACAGAGCUUGAUCGAAUAAAAACGCAAGUUGAGACUUUGCGAAGUGAGGCGAAUGAGCAGCACAUUCAUGUUCAACAAUUGCAAGCCGACUUAGAUACCCAGCGAAUAAAAAACAACGAGUUACGUACAAAGAACUGGAAAUUGAUGGAAGCUCUUUCUGCAACUGAGCUCCAUUGUAAAUCCAAUCAAGACAAAAUCAUUGAUGCUGAAGUUCAUACUAUUUUGAAACGGGAGCAAGAAUCGACGAAGAACUUAUUGCAAAGGCUUUUUCCGAACGUUAACGUAACGGAGAAGACUUACGAUCGAUGGAUUAGUGUCUUUGAAGAAACCGUAUCAAUUUCUAUACCAAAACUGAGGAAGAAAAUGCCCAACGAAUUAAAUCUGGAUUUAGAGAAACAAAAUAAAAGCCUACAAGGUCUAGUUACUCAUUACAAGCAAAUCAUCGAUGAUACUGAGGGCAUGCUAGUUAAACUUCAGAACCACAUAGAAUCCGUAGAAACGCGAUGGCAAGCUCAACUCCGACAGAAAGACAGUGAAGUGGCAACUCUUAGGUUGGAAAUCAAUCGACUUCAAGGGAUGUGCACCGAAGAUUUCCAGGAUGCUGAGAAAAAGUAAGUUGGAUAUGUGGAUUCCGUUAAGGAAACGCUCAGACAAAUAUAGCUAGAUAAUAAAAAAGGAAAAUGGACAUGAAGCGUGGUAAACGUACACUGACUUCGUAGGUACAGCGAUUUUGCCGACACACAUUACUGUAGAAACGGCCCAUCAUUAAGAAGACUAAUUUAAUAAAUGAAAUGUUACACAUAUAAUAAUAAUGUUUAUUAUACAAAAUAUCAUAUUUUAUUAUGUGGAUAAAGUAUAUAAUGGAAUAAAACUUGUAAUUAGUACAUGCAAUAAUUUGAAAUAGUAUGGGUGAUGGUUACAUGCGAUACAGAUGACCUUGCGUGUGUGCACCGCUAAAAUAAAAUAGUAUUCUAAAUUUA